AUUGAGAUAUUAUUGGGGGCAACAGGUCACGCGACUGGAGGCGUUCCCGCGGUGCGCGCGCUCAUUGGUGCACGAGCUUCGGUCCGAGUGUCGGUCGGUUCACUUGGCUCGGACGUCACAUCGGAGGAGGGGGAGAGAAGAACACCUGCUGCUUCUGUAUGGGACAUGGAGCCACUGAGUGCUGAUGGUGCAGAACCUGAUGGCUUCUUUGACAUUCUGGAGGAGAGGAGGCGGAGCAGUGACCUAAGCCACGCCUUCCGGACCUUUUCCCCUCAGCCAUACCGUGGGGCCACGCCCAUUUCUGCUGCCGCUCUCAGCAGGAUGGUGCUUGAAUCACAGUACCUGAGCUACAUUAUACAGGAGAUCAUGGAUGAGUGUGACGAACCACGCGAGGCGCUUUUAGAGGAGGCGUCUGCGCUGCUGAAUGAAAUGAGUCAAAACCUUCAGCUGGGAUUCAUUCGUCUGCUGGGCUUUGCACUGAGCAAAGUUUUUAAAAGUGUCUUCAGCUCUGUAUAUGUCAAUGAGGACGGACUCACUCGGCUACAGCAAGCCAUUCAGGAGUAUCCCGUCAUCCUGAUGCCAAAUCACAGGAGCUACAUGGACUUCCUGGUUCUGUCUUACAUCAUGUUCACUUAUGACCUCUCCAUCCCCGUCAUUGCAGCUGGAAUCCCUCUGAUGGGGAUGAAGCUGAUUGGUGAGAUCUUUCGGCGAUCAGCGUUUUUUAUCCGUCGUGCCAUUGGCUCAGACAAGCUGUACUGUGCGGUGCUGUCUGAGUAUGUCAGAACCAUUGUGCGGACAGGUUAUGCUCCAUUAGAGUUUUAUGUUGAAGGAUUACGCAGCAGAACACUGAAAUCUCUCACACCAAAACUAGGAAUGAUGCACAUGGUGCUGGAGCCCUUUUUUAAAGGAGAGGUGUUUGACAUCAGUCUGGUGCCCAUCAGCAUCAGUUAUGAGCGUGUGCUGGAGGAGUCGCUCCUUGCUCAUGAGCUGCUGGGUGUGCCUAAACCCAAAGAGACCACAGGGGCUCUGCUGAAGGCCAGGACUGUGCUGAAGGAGAAUUAUGGCUGCAUGCAUGUGUGCUUUGGCAACCCUGUGUCAGUCAGAGACCUGGUGAAGGGGAAAAUAAACCAUAGACAGUACAAUCUGGUACCCAGAGACCUGCCCAUGAAGGCCAAUAAGGAGACGCAGGAGUUUUUAUCUGGUCUCGCCCACAUGAUCAUCCGUUUGCAAGAGAACGCAGUACUGAGUGCCUGGAACCUGAUGGCCAUGAUUCUUCUUCAGAACCUCCAGGGCAUUGAUUUGGACCUGCUGACCCAUAAAACCCUGUGGCUGAGGACACUCACCCUGGGUUUUGGAGCUCAUCUCAAAUGGCCCAGGAAUGUCCCGGAUUCUGAAGUGAUGUCAUCGAGCAUGAGCCUGCAUCACUCAGUAGUAUGCUGUGAGAGGGGGCGUGUCUAUUUAGUAGAGGAGGAGGGGCCAGGGCCUGUCACUCAAGAGGAGGGCGUGUUCAGACGUGCUGCCGCUGUUCUCAUGUGCGCCUCCUACAGGAAUCAAGCAGUACAUGUAUUCACAAGACCAGCUAUGGUGGCGGCCGCAAUGACAACAACUGCAAGCAAUAGGACAGAUGACAUCUUUCAUCAUUUUAAGUUCCUGCUGGAGCUUUUUUCCAACGAGUUUGUUCUAAUUCCCGGUCAAGCUGCUCAGGACUUUGAGGAGGGCUGUUCUUUGCUACAGCAGUCUGGUGUAAUCGGCCGCUCUGAUGAAGAGAUCUAUGUGAGGGACAAUGGCCAGGAAACCAUCAUCUUCCUCAGAGCGAUUCUGCUGCCCUUCAUUGAGAGCUACCAGGUGAUUGUUGUCAUUUACAUAAUUGUGCAGGCAGUUCACCAUCUCCAUUGGUGAGUAACAAUACAUUUGAACACACCAGAUGAGUG